UGAAGAUCCGAUCCUGUGCUGAUGGUACCGGUAGUAGGUAAGGUGAAUUGGCACUUGGGAAGAAGCCGCGAAAGGGACCGAUUUUGCUUCUGUCCGACUUUGCUUCUUUAGCAAUUGUGUACUCUGUCAAAGCUUAUCCUUUCUUCUUUAUUUGCAUCCCUGCUUUUUUUCUUUCUCUUUGACAAUGAGCAGUUAAUUCCCCUAUUGCCCGACUUUGCAUGCUUGCUCUGGAUUUCUGGGUCCAUUAAUUGUGUGUCCCUGUAAUUCCAGUCUCCAUCGCUGCGGUAGCACUACGAACACCACCCUCUGAGGGACGAAAAAAAAAAUCGGGAGGUCGAACUUUCAGACAGACACCAAUCCCAAAAAAGGAUACAGCGGCGCACACGCCGCAGCAACAACGACCAACCCGUCUCCACCACCGAUGCUCUCCCAGCCAUCUCCAACCUCGUGGCACGGCUUCUCCUACCUGUCAUCUUCUCUUUUCCAUUCUUCAAUUCGGGCUUGACAGAUCCGACAUCACGGCCCGACCGCACAGUACUGCCUCCGACACGACAAUUAAUUGGCAGCUUUGAUUUGGGCGCUACCCCUUUUUUCGCGCAUACGGCCCCGAUCAGACUCUAAUCCGGGUAGCAGCCGCCCAAACGCUCGACAUCACACAUCUCGUCGCCCUCUACCUGACAUAUUGCGAACGCAUCGAUCCUUGAGUACGGCGCGAAGCCGAAUGACCAGUGCCUCGAUUGGCAUCGGGUCUGGACGAGCGACACCGCCACUGGGCUCUUUGCCACCGGACAUCUGCCCAACAUGUCAUUUCUGUUCAAGUCGAAGAAGAACCAGGAGAGAUCUCUGUCGAGUCGCGAUGGGCCGCCACAAUCAUCCAACAGCUCCAUCCAGAGCACCGCUGCUCGAGUAGCGCGAGAGGAGAAGAACGCGUUGCAGAGGUCCACCCCGACAGGAAGCCUGCACUCGCUCGAUAAUGAGGGUAGCGUAAGCAGUCCGGAUCAGGGCUAUGGGAGACGUCCGCAAACUGCGCCGAAUGAGCAGGGGCUGGGAACACCUCCCAGUGAUCUUCCGUUCCGCAAUGGAGGCCAACCGCAGCCGGCGCCGCAGCAGGUGUCGAGCCCGAAUUCGAACUUGUACCCGUGGACGCAGCGCAGGCUCAACUACACCACUUCUCACCCCAGCCCAUUUCCACGAUAUGGCGCUGCGGUCAACUCGACUUCAUCGAAGGAGGGUGACAUAUAUGUUAUGGGAGGACUUAUCAACAGCGCAACGGUCAAGGGCGACCUGUGGAUGAUAGAAGCUGGGGGCAAUCUCUCCUGCUACCCGCUAUCUACAACCGCGGAGGGCCCCGGGCCAAGAGUAGGGCACGCAAGCUUGCUAGUAGGCAAUGCUUUUAUCGUCUAUGGAGGAGACACAAAGAUUGAUGAAGCAGACGUUUUGGACGAGACAUUAUACUUGCUAAACACUUCUACUCGGCAAUGGUCCAGGUCUCUGCCAGCGGGGCCACGACCCUCCGGUCGUUACGGACACUCACUUAAUAUUCUUGGAUCAAAGAUAUACAUAUUUGGCGGUCAAGUUGAGGGAUACUUCAUGAACGACCUCGCUGCUUUCGACUUGAACCAACUGCAGAUGCAAGACAACCGAUGGGAGAUGCUCUUACAAAACAGCGACAGUGGCGGCCCUCCCGUGGGCACGGUGCCUCCAGCAAGGACCAACCACACAAUGAUUACCUACAACGACAAGAUGUACCUAUUUGGUGGUACCAACGGCUUCCAGUGGUUCAACGAUGUCUGGUGUUACGACCCAGCGAGCAACUCCUGGUCUCAGCUUGAUUGUAUAGGCUACAUCCCGAUUCCUCGAGAAGGGCAUGCUGCGUCUUUGGUCGAUGAUGUUAUGUAUAUCUUUGGAGGGCGUACCGAAGAGGGCGCCGAUUUGGGAGAUCUGGCUGCGUUCCGCAUUACCUCUCGUCGUUGGUACACCUUCCAGAACAUGGGGCCCUCCCCCUCUCCACGGUCCGGUCAUAGCAUGACCACUGUUGGAAAAGCCGUUGUCGUAGUCGGAGGAGAGCCAAGCACGGCGGCGACCGCAGUAAACGAUCUAGGCCUGAUCUAUAUGCUCGACACCACCAAAAUCAGGUACCCGAACGAUUCGCAGAUACAGGCCAACCAGCGCCAGCAGGGCACCAGGCGGCCAAGCACCAGCAAUUCCAACGAAGCAGGCGGCAUGCAGGUAGCAAAUCGCGCCUUGCCGUUGAGAGAGGGGUCUCAGGGUCCUCCAGAGAAGAGGAUGAUGGCCCCACGAGAGGCUGGAGCGGUGCAGAGUCCUCCGAACGGAGUUCGAGGCCCGAAUGGCACUACCGAUGCAUCGAAGCUGCCCCGAGCCGCUGGUGCGCCACCCAACAACACACAACCUCAAGGACCACCCCAGAAGCCGGCGGUGAACACCGUCGCUGCCCCGAGAUCUCGCAACACAUCCCGGGAUAGGGCAGAUAUGGUUGUGUCACCAGUGACGCCGAUACAGAACGCGUCGCCUGUGAUACCGGACAAUACGAAGAUGGUGGACCUCCCUACUAAUGGUCGGCGUACACCUACUAGCCAAGGUGCUGGCCCAAAAGCGGCCACGGCACCCAAGUUAGAGCCUGUAGUGGAGACGCCAAAGCCUGCGCAAGCACGCUCGAUUAAGUCGCAAGGGUCGGUGGAUAGCUCUACGGACCCUGGGCUCAAAGCCGCGGCCGUUAGGGCGGCAUCACCGCCACCACCAACGCGACAAAACAGUAACCCGAAUCGCAGGUCAUCAAACAGGAACUCCCAGACCGUGGUACUGCUCAAGGAGCUUGACAUGGCUAGGAACAGGAAUGCUUGGUACGCUUCUGAGCUGGAACUGGCACGGAAGGCUGGAUAUACGCCCAAUGCAUCGAUGAGCCCUGUGUUCGAACGGGGUGCCGCGGAGACUUUUGAUGACGAGGACAAGCCUUUGAUUGAGGCUCUGUUGGCCAUGCGCCAAGAGCUAGCCAAUGUCCAGAUAUCGGUGGACAAACAGGCUGUGCUCGCCGCUAAGCAGAUCGCAGAAGCUGAGAAGCAGAGAGACGCCGCGAUUCAGGAAGCAGUAUACGCGAAAGCUCGACUUGCGGGUCAAGUUGGGGGCAGCUUGUCAAGUACGCCUCAGAUGGACCUCGCAAGGGACCCCGAUGACAGGGACGGAGAGCUCAGUCGGAAGCUAGCAGCCACCCUCAGCUCUCAGAAAGAUCUCCAGAGCCAGGUGGACCGGAUGUCCGCCGAGCUAGAAGCCGAGAAGCGCGCUCGGCAGCUAGCGGAUGACACCGCGAACGCAGCACAGAAGCGCAUGCGUGAUUUGGAAACGUUCAAGCAACAAAAUUCCCUUGAAACUGAAAGUUUGCGAGCCGAGCUUCACAUUCUGCAGCGCGAAUCUCGCGAACAAUCUAUUGCUGCCGCGGAAGCCCAGGCCCAGACAGAUACACUUCGUGUCGAGAAGGAGGAACUUGAUGCGAAGCUGAAGGAACUCACCGGGAACUCAGAAGAGAGCAGUAAUGCCCUUACCGGUCUUCGAAAAGCCCUUGCUGCGUCGACGGAGAUCAGAGAACUUCUCGAGCGCAAGGCAGAGGAGGAGAGAGCAAACCGAGAGGAGAUUGAGGCUAAACUGAUCAGGCUCAAGGCCGAGCAUGAGCAACGCACAGCUGAACUUGAGGCAGCCACUGCGCGAUUGCGUGACGCUGAACAGCUUGCUGAGCGCCAUGCCAACGAGGCCAAGGCUCAUAAGCAAGCGUUGAUUAGCGGCCUCGACCAAAUUACGGCCAGAAGUGUUAGCAAGUCAGGAAAGGGUGACUCGGAUCGCAUUGUUGCUCUGCAAGGCCAGCUCAACGCGGCAAAUGCCAUGGUUAGGAAAUACCAAGAACAGGCCGACACUGCCUCUGACAAACUACGAAGUGCCGAGGAGCGCAUUGCCGGCCUCGAGGCAUACCAGGAGCAAGCUAGCCGGGACGGCGUCCACAUCCGGAAGCAGCUCCAGGCUGCAAUGCGCGACACUCAGUCGCUUCAGGCUGAAAACUCGGACCUCAAGAGCCAGCUUUCUGCCCAGCAGCUUGAGACUAAUGCCAUCACGGUCCAGCACAACACGCUCAAGGAUAUACUCAGUGAGCGUGGUAUAAGCCCGAACGGUGCGCCCCGAUCACGUGCAAGCCCCCGUGGUGAAACACCCGAUACUGCGGCAGCCCGAGUUCGUGAGCUAGAGCAACAACUUCAGGCUGCCCAGCAGGCACAGGAAGAGCAUCGACAAGCAUUCAUGACACAAGCACAGGGCACCGAGUCAGCUUACCGCGAGAAGCUCAGCCAACUAGAAAAUGACUACCAGUCGGCGGUGCACUAUGUCAAGGGCACCGAGAAGAUGCUCAAGAAGCUGAAGGAGGAGUUGGCGCGCUACAAGAACGAGAAUUCCCGACUGAAGAGCCAAAUCGGCGACAUGGAGGACACUAAGGGUCCAUCCAUCACGAACACGCCGGCCGAAUGGGAGAGCGAGCGUGCCACACUGACCAAGAAGAUCGAGACGCUACAAUCGGAGAUGAUGACUGCUACGACCCAACUCGAGAAACAGAUGCAGGCUGUCCGUACCGAGCUCGAAGCAGCCAAGCGCGAGCGCGACAACGCUGUUAAGCACAGCGAGGAGGCAUCACAACGUGUCAAUACCAACAAGAAAGACUUGGAGCAGCUUCAACAGGAGAACUCUCUCCUGGAACAGCGGGCGCAGGAUGCCGAGAAAAAGGUCAACCUUCUCCUCGACCAGGUCGAGUCGUCAGUGGACAACUACCGCCGUCGCAGCAGACAGGUUGCGAGCAUGAAUUCGGACCAGCUCCGGGAAUCGUUGGCCAGCAUGGAGGCUGCUGAAGCCAAGUCGGCAGCAGCAGCAAAGACCAAUGGCAAGCUUGGCCACAGUACCGGUGCCAGCGAUUCUGUCUCGACGGAAGGUAGCACCGGUGGGGGUCUCAGCGGUUUGGGUGGACACCUCCGGAGCGAUAGCCUCGACACGACCAGUGAAUACAACAGCGGUGGUGAGCGAAACUCGGCUGCCCUUGACAACCUUGCCAACGAGCUCGAGACCCUCCGGACUCACUGGGAGGCGACGAACAAGAACUACCGCCUAUCAAACACAUUUGAUUUUGAGGGCUCGGGGAUGCCCACGCCUACGGCGGCAACCAGCGGUGCCGGAGGUGGUGGCCCGGGCGGCAAAAAAGCAGGCGACAAAGAUGACAAGGGGCUAAGCGAGUCCCUAGCAGACUGGAGGAAGAGGCUCGACAACGCAUAACACAGGAUUAAUAAUAGCCGACCGCGUGGCAGCGGUUGUGCACUGACUAUUUCCUAGUCAGAUAUGAGAAACUUUGAGACCAUGGUUCGGAUUUUUAUCACUUGUUUUGUCGUUUUAUUCGGAUGAAGGGAAAAUGGUUCGUUUCUUGUCCUGUUUCGUUUUGCUUUGCUUUGCUUUGGUGCUAUUUUUUAUUUUUAUUUUUAUUUACUCUCUCAUCCCUCGGUCCUCGACUUGAGCAUGUGUGAUUUUACGCUUUCUACUACCAUGUUUUCACACCUCCUUUCUCAUGCCCUCUUUUUUUCAUAUUUUCUGCUGUUCAUUUCAUUUCUUUUUUUUUUUGUUUCUUCGUCUGUUCUUGGUUUCACUUCAUACCCACGCUUGUUUUCUUAUGCCCGAGUCCGAUCGUUCAAUGUUGAUCCAGGGGGUCCACGGUACUUGUCUGCUCAUCACUUCCACCAAGGCUUACAUAACCGACGGCCGUCACAAUCAUAUUACUUAGUUAGCUGUGUCUCGGCUCGAGGAGUACAAGGCAAGAGGUUCCCUAGUGUCUUAUAUAUACACACCCUUUCUUUCAAAUACCCUCAAAAGAUUCUGGAAAUUUUCGCAAGUGUUUCGGAGUCGUUGACUAGUCUAGCAUUUGAUCGUUUCCAGAGCCUGUUGUUAUCGCAUCCCAUGAGUCAAGUUAUGGUUGCCUGUCUGCUUGCGGUUGUACGUACGUUGCUCUUGGAGUGAAAAAAAAGUGCGCUUAUCAUCAUGUUGGAGGGGAAUGCUCUCUGUAUCAAUCAGCAUUGGGAAUAAAAUAAAGACGAUCGAUUUUAUGUGCCUAAUCGAAACCAUGGCUGAAUAUUUACUACAAAAUCGAACAAGAAAUCAUGCCAA